AUGGCUAUGUACCGAGAAGCUUGUGUGGACAUGGACAAUCCCCAUCAAGAUGUGCAAGGUGAUGCUCUGCGGGAAGAGACGCGGAAGCUUCAAAGGUAUAUGGAGGAGCAAUUCGCACAGCAGGGGAAGAUCCUACAAGAGUUGAGGACUCAACUGCGAUUCAUGGUGCGCGACGAGGCGGCCUCAAGGCUCUCGGCGUUUCCAGAGAUGGUCGAGGUCGGUGGCGACCUGGAUGACUUGGCUCCCCUUGGAGUUUCCAAAGAUUCGGAUGAGACUUGUCCAGAGCAAGAUGUUGGUCACAAUGAGGAGGAGCCACCAGCCUGGGAUCCCUGCUGGGAUCCUGAGAUGCGGGAAAAGCUGAAGGAACAUCAACGCCAGGCAGCACGGCAGCUCCCUCUCCAGCUUCAGCAACUUCUUUCGGACAUUUUUGGAUCCCCUGAAUCGCGCGGAGGUUUUGAUUAA